UUAGGAAAGCUGUAGAAGAGUUACUUAAAGAGGCAAAACGUGGCCGAACCCGAGCUGAAACAAUGGGGGCUAUGGGAUGGUUGAAAUGUCCUCUUGCUGGUGCAAAUAAAAGAUUUCUUGUUAAUACCAUCAAAAAUACAUUACCUGCUCAGAAAGAGCAAGACCAAGAACGUGAGCCUGAGGAAGUCAGCAAGGAACCCGAGCCAAACAAAAGCAGGAAGGAAGAAAAACCAAAGAAACGCCGAAUUCAUCCAUACACCCCCAGCUUUCAGUCCAGGAGGAGAGUCAGCUACUCUCCUCCUAGGUAUCGGAACAGGAACCAGCACGCAAAGGAUAAGUAUGAAAAACGAGCAAGCAAACGAUGAGGAAAAGGAGUACGUAUUGCUACAAGCCAAGAAUGUCAUUAAAUAUUGGACUGCAGGGAUUUUCAGGUUUUCAGCCAGAGAUGACGUUCAGAAUUGAUUUUUGAACAGAGAGUUGGUUUUGUGAGAAGUAGCCUUGAGGUAGAUUUAUACGACUUGUCUUCGGGACCUUUAAGAGAGAAGUAAAGGUGCAGGA